AACAAUCCUGACAUUAAGGCCAGUAUUGUUGAACGAUUUCAAAGAACACUAAAAAUGAAAAUGUGGCGUUAUUUCACUCAUAAUAAUACUUAUAGAUAUAUAGAUGUUUUACAAGAUUUAAUAUACUCUUAUAAUCACAGCUUUCACUCUAGUAUUAAGAUGUGCCCAUGUGAUGUAAAUUCCAACAAUAUUAUGACAGUUUGGACUAAUCUUUAUGAUAGACGGUCAAAAAAACUUUCUUUAGAAAAUCCUAAACCAAAUUUCAAUGUGGGUGAUUAUGUUCGAAUAACUAAAUAUAAACAUGUAUUCCAAAAAGGAUAUGAAUCAAAUUGGAGUGAUGAAAUAUUUAUUAUAUCUUCAAUAAUUGAUAGAUCUCCAUGGGUUGUUUAUACAAUAACAGAUUUACAAAAUGAACCAAUAAUUGGUACUUUUUAUGAAAGAGAAUUACAGAAAAUCACUUACAACCCCACCUCACAACAUAAAAUAGAUAAAAUAAUUGACACUCGUUAUUCAGGUAACAGAAAAGAAGUAUUAGUGAAGUGGAAAGGUUAUCCAGAUAAAUUUAACAGUUGGAUUUUAGCUUCUAGUUUAAAAGAAAUAUGAAUAAAGAAAGUUUCUAUUUAACUUUGCUCAGCAAUAGUUCAAUGGAAUACUUUCCUGAUAACAAGACCACAAAUUUUUCAACGAAAUUACCAAAAGCUAUAAAAUUAGAAGGUGAAUGGUCGGUUGGAGUUGUCGAGUUUCAAUAUCCAUGUACCAUGUUUACUGUUCAAGACCAUGAAAAUGUUAUAUACAUUACAAAAUCUAUGUUAAUGCCUAAUGAAGAUAAGCCAUCCACAGUGUACUACAAAAAACAUAUUCCAGCUACCAACUAUGAUAACGUUGAGCAUAUUUUAAGAGUGUUAAAUGGUAUCGGAGAGAACUUGAAAUUUCGCUAUGAUGAAAUAACAAAAUUUGUGUCUAUUUCGGUAUUGGAUAAAAAUAUAACAUCCGUAACAUUAUCACCCAAAUUAAGUUUACAGCUAGGUUAUGAACCAAAUAAAAAUCUCCUAGAGAGAAAUUUUGGAAAGUGUCCUGCUAAUUUACACUUAGGGUUACCAUCUCAACUAUUUCUAUAUUGCGACAUUAUCGAUCCUCAGAUUGUGGGUGAUGUUAUGACUCCUUUAUUAAGAGUCAUUUCAUUAGAUCCUACAAAAUACAUUUAUGGUGCAAAUAAAAUGCACGUUUUCUCUCAACCUCACUACUUACCUGUUAUGCGAAGAGAGUUCGAUACGUUGGAAAUAGUUAUAAGAUCGAGUACAGGACAAAAAAUACCAUUCCAGUUUGGAACCGUGUGUAUUAAACUACAUUUCCGAAAAUUAUAAUAAUGAAUUCUCUUCGUGAUCAUCAUAAAUGUCCAUAUGAAAAUUAUUAUACACAUCAAGCUGGAUCAGGAGUUGGAGUAAUUUAUAAGGGUUCACCAUAUCAACGCGGUCAUGGUAUUGGGAGCUUCUUAGGGGGGUUAUUCAGAUCAGUUUUACCUUUACUUUCAAGUGGUGCUCGAGUGAUUGGUAAGGAGGCAUUAAGCGCUGGAGUAGGACUUUUAUCGGAUAUGGUUCAAGCCCGUCCUAUGGAAGCCUCAAUAAAAGAUCGUCUAAAGCAAGUUAGUACGAAUUUAAAACGAAAGGCUGAUGAGAAAAUUGAUCAAUUUAACAUGACUGGAUCUGGGUAUAAAACUAAAAGAAAACGAUUGACAUCGUUCAUUCCACCAUUAACUGCUAAAGUGAAAGCUGCGAAAAAACUUAGUCUAAAACCAAAAAAUAUCAAAGAUAUAUUUUCAAACUAAAUAUGUCUUUCCUUCAUAAUCAUUCUUGCGAGUGCGUUAAGUCAGAAUUGGAUUUGUUUGCACUACCGUCUACACAAACUAGCAUUGAAAAUGGAUUGUGGAUUCAUUAUAAACCAAUUUCAUCUCUUGGUGAUGAUGGACCUAUCGAGUUUCAAGUUCCUGGGACCGGCGAUGACUACAUAGAUUUGUCUCAUACAUUACUCCACAUAAAGGCAAAAGUAUUAAAUCAAGAUUCAACUAACUUGGUAUCUACUACAAUAGUAGCACCUGUAAAUAAUUGGCUGCAUUCACUUUUUAGUCAACUUGAUGUUUAUUUAAACCAAAAACUUGUAUCACCACCUAAUAAUACCUAUGCAUAUCGAGCAUACAUGGAAACCCUUUUAAACUAUGCCCCUGCUGCUAAACAAUCUCAUCUUACUUGUAGUCUUUGGUAUGAGGAUACAGCAGGAAAAAUGGAUUCUACAGAUGGUAAAAACAUAGGAUUUGUUAAAAGACAGGAAUUGAUUAGUGAAAGUAAGGAAAUAGAAAUGAUUGGUCAUCUUCACGGUGACAUUUUUAACCAAGAUAAAUUUUUAAUUAAUGGUGUUGAAAUGAGUGUUAAAUUGGUUCGAUCAAGAGAGAGUUUUAAUUUAAUUGUUGGGUCAAACGAUGUAAAGUUUAAAGUUUGCAUUACGGAUGCAACUCUUAUUGUUCGACGAGCACGAAUUAAUCCAAGUGUAUUACUCGCACAUCAAAAAGUUUUAGCUUCUACCACUGCUAAAUAUCCUAUUACUCGAGCUGAAGUAAAAGUUUUAACAAUUCCUUCGGGUGUUCAAGGAAAAACUCUUGAUAAUAUAUUUUUAGGACAGGUACCGAAAAGAUGUAUAAUUGGAUUUGUGAACAAUUCUGCAUUUAAUGGUUCCCUUACUAAAAAUCCAUUUAACUUUGAAAACUAUGGUAUUAAUUCUUUCAGCUUAUAUAUUGAUGGUCAACAAAUACCUUCAAAAGCUUUGCAACCAUCUUUUAAUAAUAGCAUAUUUACAUCAGCAUAUCAUACUCUAUUCUCGGGAACUGGUAUUCACUUUCUUAAUGAAGGAAAUGGAAUCUCUUGUGAACAGUAUGGCAAAGGUUACUGUCUAUUAGCAUUUGACUUAACUCCUGAUUUAUCAGCUAACUCAUCAACUCAUUGGAAUCUCAUAAAGCAUGGUAGUGUAAGAAUAGAAGUACGAUUUGAAUCCUCAUUAAUACAAACAAUUAACUGUAUAGUUUAUGCUGAGUUUGAUAAUAUUAUUGAGAUAGAUAAAAACAGAAAUGUUACUGUAGACUAUAGUAGUUAAGGUUAUAAUAUGUGUUGUGUGUUAGAUUUUAUGUGUUAUGUGUAAUGCAUUUUGUGUGUAUGUAACUAUGUGAAACGUUAUAAAAUUAAAUAAAACAAAUUGUAUGC